CUUACGUGUUGUCUAUACCAGGCUUUGGAGGUAUCAUCUAUCAAGCCUACGCCACGCGUCAAGACAUUCUUUUGUUCGUGGAUUGGAUUUCUUUGGUAGCUAUGAGGUUGUCAUUUGUGGUGGCGGCGUUGCUAUCCAGCACUGUCGCACUCGCCUUACCUGCGGAGGACCUCGCGAACAAUGCAGACAAAGGCCCGAGACCAGGUCCGCGGCCAUCUUUCAAGCCGUUCACGCAAGUCAAGAAUGCGCACUACGCACAUGGAGGGGGACUAGGGAGUCACAAUGCGGUCAACCACUUUGAUUUCGGAGCCAAACAACGACCGGCAGUCAAUCUCGCAAAUUGGGCACCACUUGGAUAUUCAAACGAUCAGUAUCAGGAUCGUGUGCUGAAACACCACAAUUAUCAUCGUGCGAACCACCUCGCCCCGCCUCUUGAAUGGGAUCAAUCUUUGGCGUAUACUGCGCAGCUUGUGGCACAAACUUGCAUAUAUGCACAUAACCAGCAAUUCGAUCCAAGUGCUGGCCAAAACAUCGCUGCUGGAUAUAGUCCUGACCAAAUUGGCCAUGUCAUUACGGAUCUAUUCUACAAUAACGAAAUCCCGAUGUUUCAGAAUCAAUGGUACCGCGAGCCCGCCAUGACCUACUUUGAGCAAUGGGGACACAUGACUCAGGUGUGCUGGAAGUCAACUACACAUGUCGGUUGCGCAACGCACUACUGCCCGUCCGGUCUUGGCAAUGUUGCUGGUGGCGUGCCGCCUUACUUCACCGUCUGCAAUUACAAGAGGGCUGGUAAUGUUGCAACCGAGUACGCGCGGAACUUAUCGCCACCCCAAGGCGCGGCUCCAAUCAAUGGCAACAGCUUUUGAACACGGUACCUGUUGGACAUUGGACUGCUAGGCGUUCACCGGUGGAAGAGAGGAAGGCAUCACGAAAUUCACACGCAUGCGCUCACAACAGCUACUGUGAGACGACAUUCUCUUGCUGCUCCUGUAUACAUUGCCAAAAGACCAACCUGUAAAUGCGAAACAGCACUCAUCGCGCAGGCC